UUUUCACUAACUUCAUUAAGAAACUCCUUCAUUUAUGGUUAAUUUACUUGUUCGAGUAAAAAAGCAGAUUUUGAAGCUUUUAAAAAUGAGUUAAAAAUUUCGGCCACGAGAUGAACAUGUAUUUCUUCCAACAUUUUUAAAGAUGAUGAUUGAGUUAAUUUGUUCAAUAACAGCUUCCAACGAUGAGACAUUUCCUUGAGAGCUAUUUUUCAUUUAUAAAAAUUUGCUCAAGACAUCUUAUCUAUUAAAAUCAUAUGUGCAAAGAGAUGAAUUAUCAUGUGGAACAGAAUCUCAAAAAAGAAGAAGCUUAUACUGUGUCUAUUAUACUAUCAACUUGUGGUAGAUAAAAAUGCAAGACUAGAUAUGCACUUGGAGACUGAGAUAUACGAGUAUCUAAAUAUCUGGAGGUAGAUCAUGUAACGUAUAUAAUUAAUGAGCAAACGAUUAUAAACAUAUAAAAGUGACACUUGAAAUUGAUCCAAAAGGAUGUGAUCUUUAAGAUGGUGUUCAAGAAAAAAAAAGGGUUGUGAUCUUUAAGAAAAGAGGUGAGAUUAAACGAAAAGUUAAUUAUCUGCUUGCCUUUUCUCAAGCAUCUCUUCCCCACCCAUUCUUUACAUUUAAGGAUCAUGACAAUAGUUAACUAACUUCACUUUGAAAUUAUUAACAGCUUUUUAUCUUUACACAGCUUUUAAAUUAAAGACAUCAAAACCUUACUUACAUAGUUACCAUUUUUUUUCCUUCUUAUCUUAACAUAUUUUUUUUUAUAUUUGACUAGUUUAAUCUCUCUUCUUCUGGACCCCAACCAUCAUUCAAGAAAUGACCGAAGAAAGUCAAGAAGCUCUCUGAGCUCUCUACUCACUACUCUCUCUCUCUCUCCGCGUAGGAUACAAGACUUUUGACACCAAAGCCUUAAAGCUGUGUGCCUCUGUGUUGUUUUGGUUCUCUAUUCCAAUGAUGUCAUCAGCAAGGCAUCAGAGAAACCAUAGAAUCUCUGCUACAAACAAGAACAAGAUUCUCAACACUGUUUCCUCCAUCUCAUCCUCAUCAUCUCCUUUACACUCAUCACAAGACUCUCAAGAAGCCCAAAAGAGUUCUUUAGUCACCAUGGAAGAAGUUUGGGAAGACAUCAACUUUGCUUCCAUCCACCACCUAAACCGCCACAGCCAACAUCCACCAGACAACCAUCAGCCAAGAUUCAGGAGCCAUAACCACCAGAACCAAAACCCUAACUCCAUCUUCCAAAAUUUUCUCAGCAGACCUUCGAACCAGGAACCAACCAUACACACAAGCCUCAAUGGAGAUACCACCACUGUCUUCAGCAGCUCUCCUUUGGCACCUCCUGCAACUGUUCUUAGCUUGAACUCCGGUGCCGGCUUCGAGUUUCUUGAUAACCAAGAUCCUCUUGCUACCUCUAAUCUGCAUAGCCACAAUCAUCUCACAGACGUUCCUUCAUUCAACACUUCUCUUGAGGAUUUUACUUGUUUUGGUAAGAAAAGAGGUCAAGAGUCCAAUGAAGGUUCAGGGAAUAGAAGACACAAGCGCAUGAUCAAGAACAGAGAAUCUGCAGCUCGUUCCAGAGCUAGGAAACAGGCUUAUACAAACGAGUUAGAGCUUGAAGUUGCUCACCUGCAGGCAGAAAACGCAAAACUCAGGAGACAACAAGAUCAGUUAAAAAUGGCAGCAGCAAAUCAGCAACCCAAAAAGAAGACACUUCAACGGUCUUCCACAUCUCCAUUUUGAGAAAUCUACAAGUCCUUAUCUCUCUUUUGGGGAUUGAGAAUUUUUCAUGAAGAAGUGAAAAAAUGGAAAAGUUUGUGUACUUUUUUUUUAUAUUAGACAUAAGUAUAACUAAGCUAAAUUUGUAGAACUAAGAUCUUGCAGGGUAAGGAAGUAGUAAAAACAGAAAGAGAAAAGGAUCUUUCCAUUUCGUAAGGCACAGGAACACCUGUCCUGGGCCUCUCUCCUCCUUGUUCUGUCAUUUUCUUAUUCAAAUCCCUUUCCACUUCUGUACUAACUUGUAUUUUUGUAGUAAUGCUACUUAGUACUCCCUCUUCUAAUGCUAGUUUGAAAAUUUUACCUGUUA